AGAUCUACGUCAACUCGCCCCAAGCGGUAUCACCAUCCACCAGCACGUGAGAGAGCUCUGAGUUCCAACCGCAGCUCUUCAAGAUCUAUUCAUGCUAUGCUAUGGAGAAAAAAAAGAUUAUAGGCAGAAAAAGGCUAUAGAUAUAUCGAAAGCAUUGAUCCGCUUCUCCCUUCCUCAAUCCCACCCUCAUUUCUCUAUUCUAGGGUUUUCGAUUUAAUUUAUCUCUCGCUCUCUCUCUCUCUCUCUCGAUCGUCUAGGGCUUUUGAUCCCUGAUCGAGACUCGGAGUAGAGCCGAUUUUGUUGAGAAGCCAUGGGUCGGAAGAAAAACGUGACGAUCGACGACGACGAGUACUCGAUGCCGCAGGACGAUCCGGCGGAGCCGCCGCCGUCGGAGGGCCCGGAGAAGGAGAACCGCGUCGCGCCCAAGAAGAGCAAGAAGGGUGGCAAGGCCCAGCGCAACGCCGACAAGGGCGAUGAUGCCAUAGAGCCGCAGAAGCCCGCCGUCGCCGACGACGCCCUGUUGGCGGUGGAGGGGGCGGCGGAGGGCGAGGACGAGAUUCCCGUCGUCUUCUCUGGUAAGAAGAAGUCGUCUAAAUCUAAGAAGAAUACUGGUGCUUUCAGUGCUUUCAAUGCUUUGAAUGCCCUCGGGGAUGAGGAGGAGAACAAAGAGCCGGAACCAGAACCGAGACCUAAAGCCAAGUCGAAACCUGAGGUCAAUAACCAUGUGGUGGAGGACGAAGGGGACGUGAGCGGGGAUCUUGAUGGGGAAUUUGGCCGGCAGGGUGGUAUGGGGGAUGUUGCAUCGAAGAAGCAGCAGAAAAAGAAGAAGAAGAAAGGUGGGAGGACCGCCCAGGAGGAGGACUUGGACAAACUCCUAGCGGAACUGGGGGAGGGCCCUCCGGUGGCCUCUACUGCCCCACCCGCGUUAUCUCCGGCUGCUGAGGAACAAGCCGAAGAAGGAGAUGAUAAUGAGAUAAAGGAUGCUGAUUUGGAACCAAACAAGCAGGAGGAUGCUUUGGAGGAGGCUGCCUCCAAGAAGAAGAAGAAGAAGAAGAAGAGUGGAAGGACUGCCCAGGAAGAGGAGGACUUGGAUAAGAUUCUUGCUGAGCUUGGGGAGGGCCCUGCACCACCCCCAGUAGUGGAGGAGACAGCUCCAGUUCUGCCAGGGCAGGCACAGGCUGCGGGAGAUGAGAAGGAUGGGGAAGCUGAGAGUGUGGAGUCAGCUGCAGCAAAGAAGAAAAAGAAGAAGAAAGAGAAGGAGAAAGAGAAGAAGGCCGCUACUGCUGCUGCACCUGCCGCAGUGGAGGCUAAGGAAGAGAAGAAGGAAGAAGCAAAGGGAAAGGGUCCUGACAAGAAGCUUCCAAAACAUGUUAGGGAGAUGCAGGAGGCGUUGGCAAGGAGGAAGGAGGCGGAAGAGAGGAGAAAGAGGGAGGAAGAGGAGAGACUGAGGAAGGAAGAGGAGGAAAGGAGGAGAUUGGAGGAGAUGGAGAGGCUUGCAGAAGAGGCGAAGAGGAGGAAGAAAGAAAGGGAGAAGGAGAAGUUGCUGAAGAAGAAGCAGGAGGGCAAACUCUUGACAGGCAAGCAGAAGGAGGAGCAGAGGAGGUUGGAAGCAAUGAGGAAACAGUUCCUUGCUCAGAGUGAGGUUCCGAUAGGUGAUGCUGGUGGAGAGACAAAGAAAAGACCCAAGUAUGAGACCAAGAAGUCCAAACACACUCAGGCAAAGUUUGUGGAGGUAGAGAAAGUCGCUGAAAGCCAGGCAGAGGCGGAUGAACCCACUACAGAGCCAACUGUUGAAGAUGCUAUGGCUGAAGAAGAGUCUGUAUCUCAAGUUGAGGAGGCUGAGGACAACGUUGAAGCUAAUCAGGAGCCAGAAGAGGUUAAAGUGAUGGAAGAGGAUGAAGAUGAGGAUGAGUGGGAUGCAAAGAGCUGGGACGAUGUUGAUGUUACAUUGCCUGCCACAAGUGCAUUUGCUGAGGAGGAUCAAGAGCAGGUGGAGGCAAAACCUGUUGUUAGAAAAGGUGCAGAGCGUGUUGCAUCUUUGGUGCCUGCUGAACCUCAGGCUCACUCUACAGUGACCACAAAGCCUGCUGUCAAAAAGGUCUUUGCUCCUUGUGCACCUUCAAAGAAGACUGGUGUGGAAAACAAAGAGAAUGAGAAUGAAAAUGUGUCCACCACUAAUACUGAGAGGGGAAAUGAAGUUGUCGCUAAGCAAGGGUCAAGGACUGUAGAUGAUAAAUCAAAGAAGAGUGGCAAUGAUCUCCGCUCACCCAUUUGUUGCAUUCUGGGUCACGUAGAUACUGGGAAAACCAAGCUGCUAGAUUGCAUUAGACGCACUAAUGUACAGGAGGGAGAGGCUGGGGGUAUCACCCAACAAAUUGGAGCUACCUAUUUUCCAACUGAAAACAUAAGGGAGAGAACCAAGGAGCUGAAAGCUGAUGCAACAUUGAAGGUUCCAGGCUUACUUGUCAUUGAUACCCCUGGUCAUGAAUCCUUCACCAAUUUACGCUCUAGAGGUUCCAGCUUAUGUGAUAUUGCUAUAUUGGUUGUGGACAUUAUGCAUGGGCUUGAACCACAAACAAUUGAAUCCCUUAACCUUCUAAAAAGUCGGAACACAGAGUUCAUAGUGGCAUUGAAUAAGGUGGAUCGACUUUAUGGGUGGAAACCCUGCCCAAAUGCACCCAUAGUGAAGGCUCUCAAACAACAGUCCAAUGAUGUGAAGAAUGAGUUUAAUAUGAGACUUACACAGAUUAUAACUCAGCUCAAGGAGCAGGGUCUGAACACAGCUCUGUACUACAAGAACAGAGAAAUGGGAGAAACAUUUAAUAUUGUUCCCACAAGUGCUAUCAGUGGCGAAGGAAUACCAGAUCUUCUGUUGUUGUUGGUACAGUGGGCGCAGAAAACAAUGGAAGAAAAGCUUACGUAUGUUGAUGAAGUCCAGUGUACUGUUUUGGAAGUCAAAGUGAUUGAAGGUCUAGGAACUACCAUCGAUGUUGUGCUGGUAAAUGGCGUUCUUCAUGAAGGUGACCAAAUAGUUAUUUGUGGCAUGCAGGGCCCUAUUGUUACCAACAUUAGAGCUUUGCUUACCCCCCAUCCUAUGAAGGAGCUCCGAGUGAAGGGCUCAUACUUGCAUCAUAAAGAGCUUAAAGCUGCACAAGGUGUGAAAAUUUCUGCACAGGGACUUGAGCAUGCCAUUGCAGGCACUGCCCUUUAUGUGGUAAAACCUGAGGACGAUUUGGAAGAUGUCAAGGAGGCUGUAAUGCAAGAGAUGAAUAAGGUUAUGAGCCGUAUUGACAAGAGUGGGGAGGGUGUGUAUGUGCAGGCCUCUACCCUCGGGUCAUUGGAAGCUCUUUCAGAGUUUUUGAAAACCCCAGAUGUAAACAUUCCCUUCAGCGAUUUUAACAUAGGUCCUGUUCACAAGAAAGAUGUUAUGAAGGCUAGUGUUAUGCUUGAGAGGAAAAAAGAGUAUGCAACUAUUUUGGCAUUUGAUGUCAAAGUGAUGCCUGAUGCUCGGGAGCUUGCUGAGGAAACUGGUGUGAGGAUUUUUGUAGCUGAUAUUAUUUAUCACCUGUUUGACCAGUUCAAGGCUUACAUUGACAACUUAAAGGAAGAAAAGAAGAAAGAAAGUGCUGAAGAGGCAGUAUUCCCAUGUGUUCUUAGGAUCAUGCCAAACUGCAUUUUCAACAAGAAGGACCCAAUUGUAUUGGGUGUCGAUGUUCUUGAAGGCAUUGCUAAGGUGGGCACUCCUAUAUGCAUUCCUUCAAGGGAUUUCAUUGAUAUUGGGAGGAUCGCAUCAAUCGAGAUUAACCAUAAACAUGUCGAUGUGGCAACGAAGGGACAGAAGGUGGCUAUAAAGAUUGUUGGUUCUAGUCCUGAAGAACAACAAAAGAUGUAUGGCAGACAUUUUGAUAUUGAUGAUGAGCUAGUUAGUCAUAUCUCAAGGAGAUCAAUUGACAUACUGAAAGCCAAUUAUAGGGAUGACUUAUCUCUUGAAGAGUGGAAGCUUGUUGUGAGGUUGAAGCAGAUUUUCAAGAUACCCUGAUCUGUGAAGAGUUGCAGUUUUUCUAUGCUUUGCAGGUAUGCUGCUGCACGCUAAUCCAGCGGAUCGUGUUACUUUUGAUGAAACCGCACGAGAAUGGCAGGAUGCUGUCGCAGGAAGUGGUGUAUCACAAGUAGUUCAGCCUGCAUGGAAUUCCAAUGGUUCAUGGACUUUAUGAUGUCUAUUUUGUGGAAAGUUUUCUUUGGUAAGACAGUGUACGGGCUUUCAAUUUUGUUGUAGAAGUUCUUUGUGAUUUGGUCAGGAUGGUCUUCAGGGCCCCAGAUUUUUUUUCAUAAAAAAAUAUUGUAAUAAAAAUAAAAUUUGAGGUGUUGAGUGCAAGUAUUCUCCAGAGGAACUAUGAAAAAAAUAUCAGAUCGCUGGGGUAUUAUACCUACAGGUGUGCAAUAUUUUUAACU